CCUCCGCGGGUCGGGCUCCCCUAUUUCCCCCGCUCUCGCUUCGUCUUUCUAUCUCUCGUCCCCCCCCCUGCGACCGACGACGGUCCCACUGUGAACCGAGCGAAGCAAGCAAGCCAGCCAGGCAGCCAGGUGCAAGAGCGAGCAAGGAGUGACGGCUGCCCGCCUAAACGCCCGCCCGCCCGACGUCCGUCCGUCCCCUCCGGUCUCCUUCAAAUGGGAGCGAGCCUCUUUUUUUCCGUCUCCCGGAGCCAGGACGAGAAUGUGAUUUAAAAAACAAGCGUUUUGGGGGGGGGAGUAAAAUGCCAAGGAGGAAGCAGGAGCAACCCAAGCGCCUGCCUUCACAUGUGGACAGCAAUGACGAAGGAGGGCCUGACGGCGGCACUGCGGAGAAGGAAGGCUGGUUCGGGAACGCUUCCGACACGCGCUCGGAGUCUUCAUCCUAUGGCGACACCCAGGAUGAGCUCUUCCUGCCGAGGGUCUCGUCCCCGGAUGCUAACCACGAGAGCCCGACAAGCUGUCCCACCCCCGUCCACCGCACCUCCUUGGAACUCUUGGGACUGGGCGGUGGUGCCUUCUCACCGCAGGACACCGUCUCGUCUGUGGUGUCAUCGCUGUAUGGUGAGGCAGCGUCACGUGCACUUGGCAAGCCCCUCAGCAGCAAUCUCCGUCGCCUCCUGGAGGCCGGGUCGCUGAAGCUAGAUGCGGGGGACAUCCUGGGGCGGGUGUCCCGUGGAAGCGAGUCCCCGCCAAUCGGGCUUGCUUCGCCCCUGACCCUCUCCCCAUCUUCGCACCAUGCUCAGCAGCUAAGUGCACUCGCUCGCAAGCUGGCUAACAACAACAGCGGCUCCGCCUCGCCAGCAUCGUUGGGGCCCUCGCUCGCCAACGUUAAACAAGAGCCGAUGGACCACUUCAACUCCCACAGCAAUGGCGGCGGGUUCGUAUGGGCGGGCGUCGCUGACAAAUGGCCGCCCACGGGCCGCUCCACACCCUGUGGGUCCAGCCUCUCUCCGGACUCUGCCAUCCAGAAGUUAAAAGCGGCGGCCAAUGCGGUGCUUCAAGACAAGAACUCUGUAUCCGUGGCCGCCGCUGCCACCACCUCCUCCACUACCGCCCCAUCCGUUGUGCCGCCCCUCGGAGGUGCAGGCGCCCGGGGUGAUGAUGUGGUGCGCUUCGAUGCCUUUAACUCUCCGUUCAGCCCCCAGUCCGCAAGCUCCACCUUGGCCGCGCUUUCCAAGAAAGUCAGCGAGCGGAGUCACGCUUCGUCAGUGCCUGGUGUUCCACCUGACCAUCAGAACUCUCCAACGUCCUUUCUGUCGCUCGUGUCUAUGACCUCGUCGGCCGCCUUGCUCAAAGAGGUGGCGGCCAGGGCAGCGGGGAACUUGCUCAACGAGAAGAAGGAGGGUUCCCCCCAGUCGGGCGGGGUCGGUGGCAUCCUCCAAGAGGAUGUCAAGCCCCUGCUGGACAAGAACCACAAGCCCCCCACGCCAUCGACACCCAGCCAGGGCCUGGACCUGCUGUUGCCCUCUACACCCAAAGGAAGAACAAAAACCAACAGCCAAGCAGGGUCACCGGAGGAUGGCGGCAAACCGUUCCAGUGUCCUGUGUGCGGCCUGGUCAUCAAGCGCAAGAGCUACUGGAAGAGACACAUGGUCAUCCACACGGGCUUGAAAAGCCACCAGUGUCCACUGUGUCCCUUCCGUUGUGCCCGCAAAGACAAUCUCAAAUCCCACAUGAAGGUACAUCAGCACCAAGACCGGGGCGAGACCUUCCAGUGUGAACUCUGCCCCUUCACUUCCUCCCGUCACUUCAGCCUGAAGCUUCACAUGCGCUGCCACCAGCACUUUCCCCGUACCGAUGUCAAGGUGAAAGAGGAGCUCACCACUGACACUGAAGGCGAGGGCUCCCUGAUGGGCGACUCCAGCGGUACCGCCGAUCCGAGGGGGGCGGAGGUGUCCCCGCUGCAUCCGGACGCCCGCUUGCAGUCUUCCCCGCCGGGCGAGGCUUCCUCCAAUCACGUCCACAUCAAAGAGGAGCCCCUGGAGCGGGACCUAUCUGUGCUGUCCCCGUUUAGCGUCACCAGGGAGCGGCCCAAGAGUAGUGCCAAUUCCUUGGACCUGCCUGGCAUCGUCGGGGUACGCUCCAGCCCCAGUGGUCCGACCACGGCCUCGCUCUUCAGCCCAGACAUCACGACCAAGACGGCCACUGACCUGCUUAUGAAGCUAUCAGCUGCCAACCAGAGGGAGGCAUUGAAGUCGCCCUUCCACCUGAAGGAAGAACCCAAAACAGAGGAAGCCUUAAGUCCUAGACCGGCCUCCCAGUGUCAUACCCAGUCGAGCUUCCCAGGGACAUUCUGCCAGGAUGGGAUGACUGUGUCUGUGGCAGCAGCUACUGAACACCCAGGGUCCCUUAAACCGAGGGAAGGGAGCCCCUCAGCUGCAAACAGCUUACUGAGCCAAGACAUCAACAUGAAAGUGGCCUCAGAGUUGCUGAUCAAGCUUUCAGAGAGCAACAAAGACGGCCACUUCCAGAAGGUGAAGGUAAAAGCGGAGCCCAUGGAGGUGGACCCGGCCCCCGCAGAAGUCUCGCCACCCGUUCCCCCACCUGCUCCUCCUCCUCCUCCUCACCUGCUGGCUUUCGGCACUUUAGGGGCGCGUGAGAAGACCGAGCCGGCUAUGGAGCCCCUGGCGUGCCCUCAGAAGGACCUCUUCUCCCAGGACAUCUCGGUCAAAAUGGCCUCCGAGCUCCUCUUCAAAUUGUCAGAAAAAGUGAGCAAAGCCAACAACCACAAGGACGGCAACAUGGUGGGGGUCAACAGUCCGUACUUGGACGAGUGCUUUCGACAAUCACCCUUCAACUCCCGCUCCAAAAGCUCCUCCCCCGCAGAGGCCAGCUCCUCCACCCGGGCACCGUUACACGACUCGGAGAAGGACGAAUGCAAAUUGGGCAACGGGAUCUCCCAGUGGAGGCUCAACGAACAGCUCUUCCCGUGUCCCGUUUGCGGGAAAGUCUUCGGGAGGCAACAGACGCUAUCGCGACACCUGGCCCUACACACAGAGGAGAGGAAGUACAAGUGCCACCUGUGCCCUUACGCCGCCAAGUGCAGGGCCAACCUCAAUCAGCACCUGACCAUCCACUCCGUUAAGCUGGUCAACACUAACGCCGAGCAGAUCGUCAGUGCCGUCGCCGCCGCCACCGACGCCACCGAGCGCAAGAACUGCGCUUACUACUACAGCUGCCACGUUUGCGGCUUCCAGACGGAGCUCAACGCCCAGUUCGUGGGCCACAUGUCGCUCCAUGUGGACAAGGAGCAGUGGAUGUUCUCGCUCUGCUGCAGCGUCUGCGACUUCGUGUGCAUGGAGGAGGGCGCCAUGAAGAGCCACAUAAGCACCGGACACGCGGGCCUGAACUCGAGGAGUCCCCUGAGCGAGACCAAGAGCACGUCGUCGUCCAUGUCGGCGCUCAGCGACUCGCUCAACAGCUCGGAGGGCGGCGACCUCACGCACCCCGGCGGCGAAGAACUCAAGAGUCUGCUGGCCCCGCCCUCCUCGGCCGGCAGCCAGUCCAGCUCCGGGAGCCGCUCGGGCUCGGGCACGGAGGAUAAAUCCGAGAAAGGCUUCGAGUGCGUGUUCUGCACGUUCGUGUGCAAGACGCGCAGCAUGUACGAGCGCCACGUGCAGAUCCACCUGAUCACGCGCAUGUUCGAGUGCGACGUGUGCCACAAGUUCCUGAAGACGCCAGAGCAGCUGCUGGAGCACAAGAAGUGUCACAGCAUCCCCGCCGGAGGACUCAAGUGCCCCUUCUGCAUCUACUCCAGCAGUCGUCCGGCGGCCAUGGAGUGCCACCUGAAGACGCACCUCCAGACGGAGCACCGCUGCCGCAUCUGCCAGGGACUGUGGCCCGACCGCCCCUCCCUGGAGGCCCACGCACGCGCCCACCGCCUGGGCAACCACUACCGCUGCGAGCGCUGCGGCUACCUGUCCAAGACGGCCAACAAGCUCAUCGAGCACGUGCGCGUGCACACGGGAGAGCGGCCGUUCCACUGCGACCGCUGCCCGUACCGCUGCAAGCGCAAGGACAACCUCAACCUGCACAAGAGGCUCAAGCACGCGCUGCCCACCCCCCGGACCUCCCGGGCGGAGGCGGCAGAGGAGGGAGACGGCGGGCCGGGCCAGGGGGCGCAGGGUGGACUCGGCGCUCUUCCCGCGUCCCGUGCGCUGCGCUCCGUCGCCUUGACCCGCACCCUGGGCGGCGGCCCCCGGCUGGCUCACCCCUCCAGCCGGCCCCCGUCGGGCCGCGACGGUGACGCGGACCCGUACAGGAGCGGCCAGCGGGCGCACCUGAUCCCCCUCACCACCUUGUUCACCCACAGUUUCACAUUCCACCCCCUGCCCCGCCUCCCGGCCGCUGCCCGCUCUGCCGCCCCCUCUCCCGCCUCCCACAAACACUCCUUCCUGGCCUACCUCGGACUCAGGGAGCGGGCCGAAACUGUUUGACUUUUUUUUUUUUUUUUUGCCUUCUUUUACCCCAAUCAGACAACCACAAACAUUUUUAAGAGCUGUACAUGCUAAUGAAAAA